AUGAAGCUGUUUGGUAAGGAUCCAUCUUGCAAGGGUCUGUUUGAUAAGGAUCCAUCUAGCAAGGGUCUGUUUGGUAAGGAUCCAUCUUGCAAGGGUCUGUUUGAUAAUGAUCCAUCUAGCAAGGGUCUGUUUGGUAAGGGUCCAUCUAGCAAGGGUCUGUUUGGUAAGGGUACAUCUAGCAUGAAGCUGUUUGGUAAGGAUGCAUCUCGCAAGGUUCUGUUUGGUAAGGAUCCAUCUAGCAAGGGUCUGUUUGGUAAGGAUCCAUCUAGCAUGAAGCUGUUUGGUAAGGAUCUAUCUUGCAAGGGUCUGUUUGGUAAGGAUCCAUCUAGUAAGGGUCUGUUUGGUAAGGGUCCAUCUAGCAAGGGUCUGUUUGAUAAGGAUCCAUAUAGCAAGGGUCUCUUUGGUAAGAAUCCAUGUAGCAAGGUUCUGUUUGGUAAGAAUCCAUGUAGCAAGGUUCUGUUUGGUAAGGAUCCAUCAAGCAAGGGUCUGUUUGGUAAGUAUCCAUCUAGCAAGGGUCUGUUUGGUAAGGGUCCAUCAAGCAAGGGUCUGUUUGGUAAGGAUCCAUGUAGCAAGGGUCUGUUUGGUAAGGAUCCAUCUAGUAAGGGUUUGUUUGGUAAGGAUGCAUCUUGCAAGGGCCUGUUUGGUCAGGGUCCAUCUUGCAAGGGUCUGUUUUGUAAGAAUCAGAUGUUUCGAGAAGCGAGAGGAGCUGACCCUACUAGCCACACCCACACCCGCUGCCUUCCGAUGCUGCAGUGUUAG